CCGCGCGCUCUCUCCCGUGUGUUCGUGGGAGUUGUAUGUUUCAUAACCUUUUUUUGUUAGAAAUUCUUUUGAAAUGGAUAAAAAAUUACAAAAGAAACUGGAAAGGAAACUCAAAAAGUAUGAAAAUAUGCUUUUAGAUGAAGCUGGUAUUUAUGUCAGUUCCGACGUUACUAAGAAUCUUGCAAUUUGUAAUGCUGGAUUAGUAAACGGACUUUCUGAAGAAGUUGUUUAUGAUAAUUUUAUUAAAAUGGGAGAAAUUGAAAAUAUUGUUAUGUUACCAGGAAAAUCCUUUUGUUUUGUUCAAUUUGAAAAUGAAAAAUCAUCACAAAAAGUUUUUGAACAAUUCAAUGGAUCUUUACCGAUUGCACAAGAUAAUAAACCUAUUUAUUUACAAUACACAAAAAAUAUUCCCGAUGUAACAAAUACAUUCAAUGAACAUCCUCAGGGUUUAAUAAUUAUAAAUGACUUCAUCAAUGAAGAUGAAGAAAUGAUUUUAUUAGGUUUAUAUAAUUUUGAGACAUCAAAGGAAUGUAUGACUUUAAAAAAACGUUUAACAAAAAGUUACGGGUACCAAUUUAAUUAUGAUAACAAUAAUGUUUCAAAAAAUGAUCCUUUACCUGAAAAUAUUCCUAAAGAAUGCGAUUUUUUAUGGACCCGUUUAUCAGAAAAAUCCAACUUAAAGCAUUUCAAACCAGAUCAAUUAACAAUUAAUUAUUAUAAACCAGGUGAUGGAAUCGCCCCACAUAUUGAUACUCACUCUGCAUUUGAAGAUCCCAUUCUAUCAUUAUCACUAGGUUCCUCUGCUGUAAUGGAAUUUAAAUUAAAAGAUAAACGCGCAAAUAUUUUUUUACCUCAAAGAUCUCUCGCUAUUCUUUCUGGCGAAUCGCGAUAUUGUUGGUCCCACGCUAUUAUAGGUCGAAAAUACGAUAUAAUUCCAAAACAAGGCCGUUUUACGGUUCAUAAAAGAUCUGUAAGGACAUCUUUCACAUUUCGAAAAGUUUUACAAGGCGAAUGCAAUUGUGAUUACCCGGAAUAUUGCGAUUCUUACGCAAAAUUAAAUGAAAACAAUAAUUUAACGGGUAACAUCGCGGAGAGUAUCGAAAAAAAGUAUGUUCAUACCGUUUAUGAAUGUAUUGCGGAUCAUUUUGAUACAACAAGAAAUAAACCGUGGCCUGGAGUUGUUAAAUUUUUAAACACUUUUGAUUUGGGAUCGAUUAUUAUUGAUGUUGGGUGUGGAAAUGGGAAAAAUAUUGGAAUUGGCGAAAAUAUUUUAUCUAUUGGUUGUGAUUACAGUAAAGGUUUAUUAGAUGUUUGUAAAAAUCGUGAUUUAGAAGUUUUUUGUUGUAAUUGUCUUUCUGUGCCUUUAAAAGAUUCUUCAGUUGAUGGAGCUAUAAGUAUAGCAGUUAUUCAUCAUUUAGCAAAUUAUGAACGCCGUAAAAAAGCGAUUGAAGAAAUGAUUCGAAUUUUGUUUAUUGGUGGAAAAGGAUUGAUUUACGUUUGGGCGAAAGAUCAAUAUAAAAAAGAUAAACAAAAAAGUAAAUACAUUAAACAACAACGGCAAGAAUCAAAUUCGUUUUCUUCGCCUUGUGAAAAUGUACAAAUCGAAAAUGAAGUUUCUUUACCGGUUCAUGUAAAUAGGACAACGUUUCAACAUCAAGAUAUGUUGGUUCCUUGGAUUAAAAAGGACAAAAUCAAUAAAAAUGAUGAUGAGACAGGAAAUUGUAAAGAAAACGAAACUUAUUUACGUUUUUACCAUACUUUCGAAGAAAAAGAAUUAUUUAAUAUGUGUUUGGAAAUUGAAAACAUUAAAAUUGUUGAUUAUUAUUAUGAUGAAGGAAAUUGGUGUUGUAUUUUUGAAAAAAUAAAAUAA